AUGAGUGAAUCUGAUAGUGGAUUUGGUGGUGGCGGUGGAGGAAUGGAACUUGAUCCAGCAUUUGCUUCAAUACCAAAAAAUAAAUCUUGUUUAUGCAUAUGGCGUGUAGAGAAUUUUAAAUUAGUUGCUGUACCGCGUGAAUCUCAUGGAAUAUUUUUUAAAGGUGAUGCUUAUGUUAUUUAUCAUGCUGAAGAAAUAAAAAAAUCUACCGGUUCAUCAUCAACAACACCAUCAAAUCUUAUACAACAUAUACAUUUUUGGAUUGGUUCUGAAGCUACACAAGAUGAAGCUGGUGUAGCUGCUUAUAAAACUGUUGAAUUAGAUGAUCAUUUAUUAGGCAAUGCUGUACAACAUCGAGAAGUACAAGGAAAUGAAAGUGAACGUUUUUUAUCUUAUUUUAAAUCUCGUGGUGGUGUUACAUAUCGUCAAGGUGGUAUUGCAUCGGGUUUUCAUCGUCAUCAAUCAACAAAUGAACCACGUUUAUUUCAUUUAAAAGGUCGUCAUACAGUACGUCUUUUCGAAAUGCCAGCCAUUGAUUGGUCAUGUAUAUCGCGUGGUGAUGUUUAUUUAUUGGAUUUAAAUGAAGUUAUAUUUAUAUGGAAUGGUUCAAAAUCUAAUAGAUAUGAACGUUUACAAGCUAUGCAACGUGCUAAACAAUUACGUGAUGAACGUGGUAGAACAAAUAUUGUUAUUAUUGAAGAUGGUGAAGAAAUGAAAAUGACGAAAGAUGAAUUAAAAUUAUUUGAAAGUAAAUUACCAUUAAAAGAUAAAAAAUUAAAUUUAAAUGAAACAAUUGAUGAUAAUGAUGAUGAUAAACGUUUUGAUGGUGCACAUAUUAAACUUUAUAAAUGUUCAGAUGAAAGUGGAACAUUAAAAGUAACGGAAAAAAAAGUUGGACCAUUAGUUAAAAGUGAUUUAGAAAGUGAAGAUGCAUAUAUUGUUGAUAAUGGUGCAUAUGGUAUAUGGGUUUGGGUUGGACGACGAUCAAAUCCAAAAGAAAGACGAGAAGCUAUGCGUAAUGCUCUUGGUUUUCUUCAAAAAAAAGGUUAUCCAAAAACGACAAAAGUUUGUCGUGUUAUUGACGGUGGUGAACCAAUGGAAUUUAUAGCUUUAUUUAAAACAUGGCUUGAUUCAAAUGCUCAAAAAGGUCUUGGAAAAACUUAUACAAAAGGGCAUAUUGCUAAAAUGGUUUCAUCACAAUUUGAUGUAACAACAAUGCAUUUACAUCCACAAUUAGCUGCUGCAACACAAAUGCCUGAUGAUGGUUCUGGAAAAAAAGAAAUUUAUCGUAUAGAACAAUUUAAAAUGAUACCAUAUCCUGAAUCAAUGCAUGGAAUUUUUUUUUCUGGAGAUUCAUUUGUUAUACAAUAUACAUAUAAUGAUCAACAACAUUCAUAUACAUUAAUUUAUUUUUGGUUAGGUCAUCAUUCAAGUCAAGAUGAACAAGGUGCAGCAGCUAUUGGUGCUGUUGAAUUAGAUAAAAAAAUUAAUGGUACUGGUACAAUUAUACGUGUUGUUCAAGAUAAAGAACCACUUCAUUUUAUGGCUAUGUUUCAUGGUCAUAUGAUUAUUUUUAAACAUGGUAAACGAAGUGGUUUUAGAAAUUUACAAUAUAAUGAUGAAAAUACCAGUGAAAAUGAUGAUACAUAUUUACUUCAAGUUCGUGGUCUAUCAAAAUAUGAUACAAAAGCUGUACAAGUUGAUCUACGUGCUUCAUCAUUGAAUUCGAAUGAUUGUUUUGUUUUAUUUACUUCACAAUGUGUUUACAUAUGGUGUGGUAAAGGAUCAACAGGUGACGAACGUGAAAUGUCAAAAGUUGUAGCUAGUUCAAAAUCGAAAGAACCCAUUAUGGUAUUUGAAGGACAAGAAAAAGAUGAAUUUUGGAGUCAUUUUCCUUCGGGAAAAGAACCAUAUGCUUCUGAUAAACGUCUAAGUGAACAUCAAUCAGCAUUAACUAGUAUAAAUGAUCAUCCUGCAAGACUUUAUGAAGUAUCAAAUGCUAGUGGACAUACAACUGCUAUUGAAAUUCCUAAUUUUACACAGGUUGAUCUUGAUGAAGAUGAUGUUAUGCUAUUAGAUGCAUGGACAAGUAUAUUUUUAUGGAUUGGAAAAAAUUCAAAUAAAACAGAAAUGAAAGAUGCUGAACGCAUUGCUUAUGAUUAUUUACGUACAGAUCCAAGUCAUCGUGAUCAAGAUACACCAAUUAUAAAAACUAAACAAAACUAUGAACCUGUACAUUUUACUGGAUUUUUUGGUCCAUGGGAUAGAAAUUAUUGGACAUCAAAAUCAUCAUAUGAAGCAACAAAAUCAAUGUUAUAUGCUAAUAAUCGACCUGAAAUCUACGCUGAACUUAUAAAAGAAAAACCGAAACAAAACAUUAUAAAUCGAGCAACAGUAACCAAAUAUUCAUAUGAAUUAUUAUUAAAACCAGCUGAUGAAUUGCCUGAAGAUGUUAAUCCUGAAUUACGAGAAAUUCAUUUAAAUGAUGAUGAAUUUCUUCAACGUUUCAAAAUGACAUAUGCUGAAUACACAUCAAAACCAGUCUGGAGACAGAAAGAAUUGAAAAAAAUGGCAAAAUUAUUCUAA